AUGGAAAUACCCUGAAUAGGCCAAAAAUUAUUAUAUUUAACAUUUUCCGAAAAGCGCCUAAUUAGUUCGAAACAUCGAAAGCCCGAAUAUUUUUAUAAAGAGUCAAGAAAUAUGGAUUGUCUUUUUCAUGAUAUUAAAAAAAAAAUUUUUGAAUCUGAUAUGCUAUUUUGAAGCUUAUUUAAAAAGUUAAUAACUUUGAAUUUAGCAUUUCAAAAUUCUAUCUUCUUUACUCCCCCUCUCCAUGAGCGAAUAAACCAUUAGAAAAAUCCUUAUUAUUUGCCCUAAAACCCACCCUCAGUGAGCGAACAAAAAUUUUUUAUGAAAAAUAUUUUGAUAUAUGAGUAAUUAUUAGUAUAAUGAAGUAUCUAAUAAUUCUGUUUAAUUUUAGACUGAAAAAAAUUAUUUUUCUCGCUCACAGAGUGGGGAGGAGUUAGAUAA